AUGGCCGCCGCAUCGUCAACAUUUAACGAAGCUGGGCCUUCCUCGUCCGCCGCAUCGGAUGCCAAGAAGCUUGCCAUCAGCUCCAAUCUCAUCUCUGUGCUCAAACCAGCCAAGGUCUUUUCACAAUACGUCACCAAAGGUACGUCGAUCACCUCGGCGUCGUUUGAUGAUGCGGGGUUUCAGUGCAUUACUUCCGGCGAAGACGAUUUCAUGCACGUUUACGACGCCAAGUAUGGCCUACAUGUCGCCAAAAUUCCAUCACAAAAGUACGGCGUCCAUCUCACACGCUUCACUCAUGACAAGGACUCGGUCAUCUAUGCAUCGACAAAGGAAAACAACGCUAUACGGUACAUGGAUCUCAAGACUAAAGCAUACAUGCGCUAUUUUGAGGGACACGAGAACAAGGUGGUCACGCUUCAGAUGGCACCCCAGAAUGACACCUUCUUGUCCGGCAGUGUCGAUGAGGCGGUACGGUUGUGGGAUUUGAGGACACCCAAAUCGAUGGGACUCAUGAACAUUCAAGGGCAUCCGGUAGUGGCCUACGAUCCGACGGGCAAGGUGUUUGCCGUAUCCAAAGACGAGCGUUCGGCAGUGUUGCUGUACGACGUUCGCAAGUUUGAUCAGAUGCCAUUUCUUGUGGUCCAUCUUGACGAUUCGGCAGCACUGUCCAAAGUGUCGAUGCCGCCGAGGAUGCCAAUUAUCACUUCGCUUACAUUUACCAACGACAGCCAGUACCUGCUGCUGGGCACAUCAGGCGACGUACACUAUGUCAUUGACACCUUCUCGGAAGGCGAUCUGGUGGUCGCGAGAUUGAUAGGACAUGAAGGACUUGAAAAGGCAUCCGGAACGUCGAUAGGCAUGGUGGCCGAAGCGGGCAUCAGCGGUCAGGAGAUAUGCUGGACACCAGAUGGAAAGUGGGUGCUCUCGGGAUCAGCCGACGGUUCAGUCGUGUUUUGGUCCAUCGAUCUCGAAGAAGCCAGUCGGAACGAGUUUCGCAACCUGCGACCACGCUACAAGCAGUCAGCUCACGAUGGUGCCAGCCGUGUCCUAGCUUUCAACCCAAGAUAUGCACAGUUUAUGAGUGCGGGUGCUGAAGUAGCUUUCUGGCUACCGGACUUGCCGGAAGAAGUGUAA